GGUGACGAUUGGUCUUUUUUAAAAAAUCUUUUUCCUUAUUUGUCAGCUGAUUAAGUUAUCUGGAGAUUGGAUUCUUUGCGAGGAACGACGAGGAACGACGAGGAGGUGUGAAAAACGAUGGGUUGGAUGACUGAAACCUCCCUCAGAGUAAUCCUUAUUGCUCUAGCUGUGUGCUGUGGCUCUGCCUCUUGUAAAGGAUAUAAAUUCGCAGACCGGGGAAAUGGGAGUUUUACUGUUUCUGUUGGCGGUGUUAAGAUAAUAGAUCAUACAAAUGACAAACCGUUCCUGUAUCUUGGACGAGGUUCCACCAAAUUCCUGGAAUAUCGAGGAAACUUCAACAUUAAAGACUACACGCUGGAACGAAUUGGUCUGAAACUCAUUAAGAGAACGUCUACCGCCAAUGGCGAUCAGCUGAUCAUGGUCUACAACUACAACGCUGAAAACAUCACAGUAAACCUUGGGUCAAAAGAAGGUCAUCCACUAACUGUAGACAUCAGUGAUCUGGGAGACCAGUAUGAUCGACUCUGGGUUCGAAUCGCAGCUCAACCUAGUGAUGCUAUUUAUGGUGGUGGUGAACAAUAUUCUUACCUUAAUCUCAGAGGUCGACAGUAUCCUAUCUGGACUAGGGAACAGGGUGUUGGAAGAAAUAAGAGCACGCUGGUAACAUUCCAAGCAGACGUGAUGGAACGGAGUGGAGGGGACUACCAUACCACAUACUUUCCCCAACCGACCUUCUACAGCAGCCAGAAAUACUACUUUCAUCAUGGCGGCUCUAAUUACGCCAUCUUGGAUUUCGGUCAUCAAGAUUUCCACGAGGUCUUCAUCAUGGGAAAACCUGGAAGGCUGUAUGUUAACACUGGAAAAACAUUUAAUGAUCUCGUUACCAAGCUGACGGGGUUUCUGGGAAGGAUGCCACCACUUCCGGAUUGGAUUUAUGAUGGCGCCAUUAUUGGAAUUCAAGGCGGCACCAAGAAGAUGUUGGAGUAUAUAGACUAUUGUGACCAGUACGACAUCAAACUAUCAGGAGUUUGGAUCCAGGAUUGGGCUGGUACCAUUCAGACCGGCUUUGGUAAAAGAAUAUUCUGGAACUGGCGCUGGAAUGCAACUACGUAUCCAGAUUUGAACAGUACCAUUCCGACACUCAAGGAGCGAGGUAUUCGAGUACUCGGUUACAUCAACCCCAACCUCAAUAAAGAGGGCGAUCUUUUCGCUAUCGGUGAUCAGAAAGGAUAUUUCUUUAAAAAUGCAACUGGACAAACUUAUCUACAAGAUUUUGGAGAAUUUGAAUGUGGAACUGUAGACUUGACUAAUCCAGACGCUUAUCAGUGGUACAAAAAUGAGGUGGUAAAGAAAUACUCCAUAGAUUUAGGACUGGGGGGUUGGAUGGCUGAUUUCGGAGAAUAUCUACCAGUUGAUGUCCAUGCCUUCAGUGGAGAAGCGGCUACAAUUGUCCACAAUAAAUACCCCGUCCUGUGGGCCAAGCUAAACCGAGAAGCUGUGGAGGAAUCUGGUAACCUGGGAGAGGUGGUGUUUUGGAUGAGAGCUGGAUACUCGGGAACCGGAAAUUACACGACGUUAAUGUGGGCAGGAGACCAAAAUGUGGACUUUUCUUACGGUGAUGGCUUAGCCUCUACUAUACCCGCUAGUUUUAAUAUGGGGCUCAGUGGGGCCGGUAUAACACAUUUUGAUAUCGGCGGUUACACGACGUUUGCACCACUUAUGGUCCGAACGGAGGAGUUACUGCUACGAUCUGCGGAAGCUGCUGUCUUUGGUCCAGUUUUUAGAUCACAUGAAGGGAACCAGCCGGCAGCAAACAAACAGUUCUACUCGAGUCCUGGGAUCUCCAUGAAGUUUUCUCGAUUGACAGAGAUGUUCACCCUUCUAAAGAACUACUCCCAACAUGUAGUCAACAUUACAACUGAAACUGGUAUCCCAGCACAAAGACCGUUAUUCAUGCAAUACGAAAACGACGUCGGAUCUCAGGACGUCGCUUACGAGUACAUGUACGGUGACGACGUUCUCGUAGCUCCUGUUAUAUCGGCUGGAAAGAGCUCAUGGAAUGUUCAUUUACCUAAAGAUCCUGAUGCGACAUCUAAAUGGGUACAUCUCUGGUCCAAGGAGGAAUAUGAUGGCGCGCAAGACAUCACCGUGGAAGCCCCAAUCGGGCAACCACCAGUAUUUUACAAAUCAACGUCUAAAUUUUCAAAAACAUUUGAGGCCAUAGGUAACAUGCCUUUGGUCGUGGUGCCCACCACGCAGCCGCCUCAAACGGAACCUAAUACGACUCCGUCAUCAACCAUGUCUGUGCUAACUUCCGUUACGUUACUGACUAUAUCCGCUUCAUUCCUUGCUAUCUUGUCAUCAUUGGUGUAGAAUUUUAUAUAAACGACACUUCGCCUCAAGUCACUUCGCCCCGGUGCUAGCACCAAGGGAUGAAUUGUCUUUCUUAAAUGAAAUAUUGGGAUGAGAUUCGGAUGAAAGAGUGAUAUAUUAUCAUAGAAGAUGUGCGAAAGUUGAAUGACAACUAAAAAUGAACUUUUUUAUUAGUCAUAUCAUGUAACAUUAAAGGGAUUUUGAAGGGAUUUUCUAACAUUUAUGUGUAAAUGGAUUAGGGACUCUGACGUCAGGCAUCUGUGAUUCCCGCCAUUCAUUAACAAUUUACUAAACCUCUUAACAUUUUCUUUAAGUAUGUUUUGUUAUAAAUGAAUAAUUUGUAAACUUUGA